AUGGCCUUAAUACCCAAAAACCCUAGUAGUAAUAAUACAUUUGAACCGAAGUACAAUGAUGAUGACAUCAGGCUUGUUGAAAACCAUUCAAAAGCAACAAAUAGACAAUGUGCAGAAAUAUUUAUAGAUGAAUGGGCAACAUCAGGACAAGUAAGACCAACCCUAACAACAUUAAAAGAGAUCACACUACAGGCAAAUAUCUUAAAAGCUGCCGAUCAGAUUGCUGCAUUACUAAAAGAGGGACGUGCACCUCGGCCUAGCGAUGGUCCAGGAGCUGAUAUUGAUACUGAUGUUUCAAAUAUAUUAAGGAAUGAGGAUAUAAAACAGAGAUUGCAUCCCAAAGAUUGG